AUGUUCACUACUCAGGUAGAUGAACCAAAUCUUCAGCUUUGCGCGAAUUUAAGAUUUUUCUUAAUUGGAGUUAUCCAUCCUAAAACUCCACAUAAAGGCCCCGACGUUUAUCCUGUGGAUGUUCCUGCAAUGGUGAAAUACACACAGAGAGUAGUUGAUGCCGUUAAUGCAAGACAUUGGACAACAAUGGAAGAUGUUGUUGUUCAUUUUCAUGAACCAAGUUACUUGAAUUCACCACCUCAUGAAUUUUAG